UGAAAAUCUAAACUUAUAAAACAAUUAUGAAAAUCACUACAUUUUCACCGGUAGUUGUGUUAGUAUUGUGUGCGACAGUUGUACUCCUAUUUCAAAGUGCAGAGGCCGGGCACAGGUAUGGUCACGGACAUGGACAUGGAGGCUAUGGGCACGGACACGGGCACGGACAUGGUUAUGGUCAUGGGCACGGACAUGGAGGCUAUGGUCAUGGACAUGGAGGAUAUGGACAUGGCCAUGGGCAUGGGCACGGCGGUUAUGGUCAUGGUCACGGACACGGGCAUGGUGGUUAUGGACACGGGCAUGGGCACGGGGGCUAUGGGCAUGGACAUGGUGGUUACGGGCAUGGGCAUGGACAUGGUCACGGGGGCUAUGGAUACGGAAAAUAAGCGCACAUUUCUCGCAACAAAAUCUCCUCAAACUUCUGUACAAAUUUUGAUUCAUUAG